GAGAAACGUCGAUUUGCUCCAGUUAUUUAUGCAUUCUUCACUGGUUGAUUCUUGUAUGUGCCCUGACCGAGGAUUGAACCCCUAAUUUGAGUGUAUGGAGACGAUGCUGUAACCAACUGACCCACUCAGCCAGGGCAAAUCUUAUUUUUUUAAGUGGACAAAAAAGUGAGGGGAGGGAAGCAGGGGUUUAAGCAGUGACAGGAGAGAUCUGAAUUAGAUUGCAGUUUCCUAGUUUCCCAGCUGUGAAGUUAGUGAAAGAUGUGGCAGAGCACACUGUUGGAGGAGGUGAAAUAUGUCAGUGUCGGCGUUGACUCAGAAGUUCAGUUGUAUUCUAUCUAAAGGAUUCCUCAAAUAUGCUUGCUCAGGGAAAUCUAUUCACAGAGGUUUUGGUGGUGGCUGGGUUUUAUUAUUUGUCUGAGCAUGGGGCAUCAGGAAGUCUGUAUGUGUGAUUCUCUCCUUCCUUAAUAUGGGGACUGAACGGACACUCCCCUUGGCUCACAGAGCUGUUGCGAACAUUGGUUUGCAGCUUCUUCAGAGUGUGUCCUCUCUCAGGUGAAAUGUUCAGAAAAGGAGUUUUCAAGUGUCAUUUUUCCUUCCUUUGUUGAACAGUGGCCAGAACUUUCCUCCCCACCGCCUCUGGGCCAGCAAAGUCAGACUGGUGAGUGGAAAGGACUCCCAGGAGGGGCUGCCUCAGGAUGACUUUCCCCUUUGCUUUCCUGCCAGGGCAGAUGUUUCUGGACCAGAUGAAGCCUGAGAAGCCUUCCAGCUGUAAGAUACUAGGAUAGAAAAACUUCUAAGUCUGGAUCUGCAUAAGCCUUGCCUCAUCUCUCCACAAUGUCAGGAAGCCACAUACCUUCUGCUUCUGGUCCCUUCUCAGCCCUGACUCCGAGCAUGUGGCCCCAGGAGAUCCUAGCCAAGUACACACAGAAGGAGGAGUCAGUGGAGCAACCAGAGUUCUACUAUGAUGAGUUCGGUUUCCGGGUGGACAAGGAAGAGGGUGCUGACCCUAGUUCCAGCAGGCUGCCAACUCUGUCUCUGAUGGAGGACCCACCACAACGGCUGCAGUGGCAGGCCCACCUGGAGUUCACCCAUAACCACGACGUGGGCGAUCUCACCUGGGACAAGAUUGCCGCCUCCCUGCCCCGCUCAGAGAAACUCCGCUCCCUGGUUCUGGCCGGCAUCCCACACAGCAUGAGGCCACAGCUGUGGAUGCGGCUCUCCGGGGCCCUGCAGAAGAAGAGGAACUCUGAGCUGUCCUACCGGGAGAUGGUGAAGAACAGCUCCAAUGAUGAGACCAUUGCUGCCAAACAGAUUGAGAAGGACCUACUCCGCACCAUGCCCAGCAACGCCUGCUUUGCCAACGAGAGCAGCAUCGGGGUGCCUCGCCUGCGCAGGGUUCUCCGAGCACUGGCCUGGCUCUACCCAGAGAUUGGCUACUGCCAGGGCACAGGCAUGGUGGCCGCCUGCCUCCUGCUGUUCCUGGAGGAGGAGGACGCCUUCUGGAUGAUGUGCGCCAUCAUCGAGGACCUGCUCCCUGCCUCCUACUUCAGUACCACCCUGCUGGGCGUCCAGACAGACCAGCGGGUCCUGCGCCACCUUAUUGUCCAGUACCUGCCCCGCUUGGACAAGCUGCUCCAGGAGCAUGACAUCGAGCUGUCCCUGAUCACGCUGCACUGGUUCCUCACGGCCUUUGCCAGUGUGGUGCACAUCAAGCUUCUGCUGCGCCUCUGGGACCUGUUCUUCUAUGAGGGCUCUCUGGUGCUCUUCCAGACCACGCUGGGCAUGCUGCGCCUCAAGGAGGAGGAGCUGAUCCAGUCAGAAAACUCGGCCUCCAUCUUCAACACGCUGUCGGACAUACCCUCACAGAUUGAGGACGCGGAGCUGCUGCUGGGGGAGGCCAUGCGGCUGGCCGGCUCCCUCACUGACGUAGCUGUGGAGACCCAGCGCCGCAAGCACCUGGCCUACCUCAUUGCAGACCAGGGCCAGCUCCUGGGGACCAGCACCACCACCAACCUCUCUCAGGUGGUUCGUCGCAGGACCCAGAGGAGGAAGUCUGGUUUCACCUCCCUGCUCUUUGGGGAGGUCGACCUAGAGGCGCUCAAGGCCAAGAACAUCAAGCAAACCGAACUGGUGGCUGACCUCCGGGAAGCCAUCCUGCGAGUGGCACGCCAUUUCCAGUGCACUGACCCCAAAAACUGUAAUGUGGAGCUGACCCCAGACUACAGUAUGGAGAGCCACCAGCGGGACCACGAGAACUACGUGGCCUGCUCACGCAGCCACCGGCGCCGGGCCAAGGCCCUGCUAGACUUUGAGCGACAUGACGAUGAUGAGCUGGGCUUCCGCAAGAAUGACAUCAUCACGAUCAUCUCUCAGAAGGACGAGCACUGCUGGGUGGGGGAGCUGAAUGGCCUGAGAGGCUGGUUUCCAGCCAAGUUUGUGGAAGUCCUAGAUGAGCGGAGCAAAGAGUACUCCAUCGCGGGGGAUGACACUGUGACAGAGGGGGUCACGGACCUUGUGCGAGGGACCCUCUGCCCAGCCCUCAAAGCCCUGUUUGAACACGGCCUGAAGAAGCCAUCCCUGCUUGGGGGCGCCUGCCACCCCUGGCUGUUUAUCGAGGAGGCAGCAGGCCGGGAGGUGGAGAGAGACUUCGACUCAGUAUAUUCUCGCCUAGUGCUGUGUAAGACAUACAGGUUGGAUGAAGAUGGCAAAGUUCUGACCCCGGAGGAGCUGCUCUAUCGGGCUGUGCAGUCUGUGAAUGUGACCCAUGACGCUGCACACGCGCAAAUGGAUGUCAAGCUCCGCUCUCUUAUCUGUGUGGGGCUCAAUGAGCAGGUCCUACACCUGUGGCUGGAGGUGCUCUGCUCUAGCCUGCCAACCGUGGAAAAGUGGUACCAGCCCUGGUCCUUCCUGCGCAGCCCUGGCUGGGUCCAGAUCAAGUGUGAACUCCGUGUCCUCUGCUGCUUUGCCUUCAGCCUCUCCCAGGACUGGGAACUUCCUGUGAAGAGAGAGGAGGAGAAGAAGCCCCUGAAGGAGGGUGUCCAGGACAUGCUGGUGAAGCACCACCUUUUCAGCUGGGACAUAGAUGGGUGAUGCUCUUCCUCCAGUGGCCACCACACCCAGGCCUCUCCCAACCCAUCAGCUACCAGAGCAGCUGCUUCCUUAAGAAGAGAACAGUUUUGGGAUGGGGCUGAGGUGGCCCAGGCCUAACCCAAGCUACGGGACCAAGGGAAGAAGACACUGGAGCUUUGGCCAGGCACCGUGGUAGGGAGAUUGGGGACACCACCCUGGGUGUUGCCAAGCGUGACUAGAGGGCAGUGGGUGGCAGGAGCAGAAGGUGGGGGCCUAGCUCAGUCUGUUCAUCCCAGUGUCUUUCUGGAGGCUCUGGGCCUCAAUUUCACUACUUGUACUGACCAAAAACCUCGUGAGGAGGUAGAGAGCCACCUCUGUCAGUUUUUGCUCAGGAAGGGAAUGUGGGUGGCUAAGGGCUCCUUGACGUCUUUGGUUUGUAAAUAAAUUAUCUUUAAGAAA